AGGUUGUAUUUCUUGUGCUCUCAACCGCCGUACCUAAAAAGGAAGAAGGAGCAGGAGCUUGGCGGUGCUAGCGCCGUUCCUCCCUCUGUUUAGCGCAUUUUGUUUUUGGAUAUUGUUGAGGCGGUUUUGUUGUUAACGCCAUUUUUGUUUUGAAGGGAUUUUUGAAAGCAAAAUGUGUUCGGAGAAAAAAAUAGUGUUGUGACCGUUUGUGAUCAUUAUAAAAUGAGUAUUAGAGUGGAAAAUGUCGGAUGCCUUCUUUUAAUUUUAUGUGUUGCCCCUGAAACUGAAUUGCGUUUUUAUUACAUGGGCUGAUUCGCUCAAUGGUCUCUUCUCUCUGGGAGGUGGAAACAUCUUACUGGGGUACAGUUCUACAACUGCUGAGCAAUCUACUCAUCCAAUUUCUGGUGAUGGCGCAAAAGAGCAAGAUCAACUCUGUGGAGGUUUCAAGCAAGAAGUUGUUAAAACUAAAACUAAAAUCAAAAAAGACAAAGAUACGAGGAUCUAAAAAGGAGAAUGCUGGUGAAGAUAACUUAUUAAAAGGAAAAGAUGCUGGACAUUCAGAAUUUCAGACAACUGAACCUCCUGAAGAGGAAUUAGAACCAAGGAUACAAAAAAUAAAGAUCACUUUGAGAAAUGAAAACGAUAAACAGUACAAAAGUAAUUUUGUUACCAAGGACAGCCAAGAAGAGUUUUGUAGUGAUGCUUCAUCCUCAACAUCAGACGAUAAGGUUAAUGUAGAAGCUGAUGGACAACUGUCAAUCAGAAAGCCAAGAUACUGGUUGGAGAUGAAGGGGAUGGAAGCGUCUGGAGAAAAAUGCAAGCAGAAAGUGGUGAGCAAAGCUGUGCAAAAGAAGAGGAAAAUGGAUAUUGUUGACACUGAUGAAUUCCCCAGGAAAGAAAGAAAACUUGCAGUAACAAAUAAACAUGAUAAAAAAAGAAAAUCCUUUAAAGUCGAUACCAAAACACAGAAACCAAAAUCCAGAAAUCGUUCUCAAUAUGUGAGAAAGGAUCCUCCUUCAUAUCCAGCAGGAAGUCUGGAGGAGCACUGGUGUCUGGAAAUUAUGGAAAAAGGAAAGAUUACGUGUCCCACUUGUAAGGCUGUCAUGAGGAAGACAGUAGAAGGAUUAAAAAAACAUAUGGCAAACUGCAAAGAGGAACCCUUUGUUUGCCAACACUGUGGAAAACAAUUGAAGUCUCUAGCUGGACUCAAGUACCAUUUAAUGGCAGACCAUAACAACAUGCCAAUUUUGAAAGAUGGGGAUGUAGUUGAUGAACAGACUGAGAGAGACAGACUUCGAAAGGUGUUGAGGAGAAUGGGCAGACUGAAGUGUCUCCGUCAGGACUGUGGCGCCAGCUUCACUAGUAUAAUGGGUUACCUUUAUCAUCUGAAUAAGUGUGGCAAGGAAGAAUCUGAGUUAGUAAAACAAUUGUGUAAAUGCCAACACUGUGGAAAGUUGUACAAGUCAAAGGCAGGCCUGGAUUAUCACUUGAAAUCAGAGCAUGCCCCGUCACCAGAAAUUACAGAUGAUGAAGCUGCUGGAAAAGAAAGUGAACCAGAUGUAGAGAAAACACCCAGCGGAAGAGUGCAGAGAAGCUCUGCAAAGCUGGCUGCUUACCACCUGCACGAGAUAGUAGCAGAUGAACUUGCUCGAGAAUGGCCCAAGAGGAAAAUCCAGCGGGACCUAGUACCAGAUGAUGACAAGCUAAAGUACACACGGCCAGGCUUACCUACAUUUAGUAAUGAUGUGCUCCACAAGUGGAAGGAUGAAAUGAAAACUUAUAAGAGAGUACAGUGUCCAAAUAAGGAUUGUGGUUCAAAUUAUACGAGCAUAUCCGGAUUGAAGGCUCAUCUCGGUUCAUGCACAAGGGGAGAGUAUGUUGCGGGCAAAUAUAAGUGUCUGCUUUGUGAAAAGGAAUUCAGCUCUGAGAGUGGAGUAAAGUAUCAUAUUAAUAAUGUGCACUUUGAGGACUGGUUUCUUCCCACUUCUAAAGCAGCUAAAGAAUUCAAGCCCUUGGUGAAAUUUAGCAAAAAACAGGCUAAAAUGUCAACCGAGAAAAAAACAUCAAAAGUUGGCAAGAAACAGAAAACGCAAAUUGCUUUAGUGAAAGAGGUGUCCUUCCUUAAAAAGGUCUGUGAGAGUUCUAAAGAACAUGAUCAGUAUAGGUUUACAGAUAGUGAGGAAGAACAGGAUGAACGAGAAAAGGUUGGAAACUGGCGCCUCAAAAGACCAAGUGCAAAAGCUGAAUUAAAGACUGAUCAAGCCAAGAAAUACGCAACUCUGGAGGAUUGAAGAAUAAUAAGUGGAUCAUUUAGCUUGACAGAAAACUUACAAGCAUUUUGGGCAUUGAUUAAAACACAGUAACAGCUCUGCAGAUAAGUGUAAUUUGUAUUCUGUCUACAAGUUGUGUUUUUUUUGUAGUUUUAAGUUGUGCACUCAUCUCCAUUUGUUCUUGGGAAUAAGGAAUUGGACCAGAUUAACAUUUUGGCAUACAAGGUUGGGGGGAGGGGCGGGGAGGGAAAAAAAAUUCAGCUAUGUGUGUAGAUUUAAUGAAGACUGUGGAUGUGUUUAGUGAUGUGUAAUGAAGACCUUCUCCUUCACACUCCCUUAAUAGUUAUAGUUUAAUUUCCACAUUAUGGAAAUAUUGUGCUGUUUUUAAGAGGAGAAAAUUACCAAUAUCAUUUCACAUUUCAUAAGUAAGAAUCUGGAGUCUGUCAAUAUAAUUAACUGGGUAAAUAUGCUCAUCUUUUUGCACCACUGGCUUGGAAGAGGCUGGAAACUGUUUGUGCUCUGUACUGACAGUGAUCCAUUUACUUCAUAUAUUUUUCAGUCUUUCUUUUGUGCAAAGAAAGAAUUCAGGCCAGAAAUCUGUUUAACAAUACCACCUAUUUAGAGCGGUACAAGGAAGACUGUGUGGUUGUAAAAGAUGAACAUCUUUAUUUAUUUAGGUUUUUUGUGUAACAUUUGAAACAUUAGAAAUAUUGUUUAGCAGUGGCUAGUUACUAAGUUGUGCUGAUUUAUAAUGCCUUAAAUCUUCAGGACCGUAAGAAUACUUGUAGAAUCAAUCUCAUCUUCUGACAUUUUCAUAAGAUUAAUUCUAGACUGUAGGUAGUUUUUGUGGUUCAUUGGUAGAUUUACAAAUAAAAAUGCUGCAUUUUGUUUUGAAAGCUGUCUACAUGCACUGUGUUAAAUGCAUCAACUUAAUCUGCUUUGUCCAAUUGUUACAGAAAAAAUAUGUAAUUCUCAACAGUAUAAUAUUCAAUUUAUUCCAUUUAACAGGAUUACCUCAAACCUCUUGAGUAAUGCACAUUUCUACUUUUGAUGGAUAAGUAAACUUCAGAUGGAAAAAGGACAUGCCUUUGUUGGUGUGCUGAAUAAUAGCAGUUGGAGCUGCAUCAGCAUGUCGUAAGGAAGCAGGUGUAACAUCCCAUUAAUUGGAUGUCAUGAACAAUGUAUUCUUUGCUAUGUGAUGGCUUUAAUUAUUUGCAACAUAAAACUUAUCAGAUAAUAUGGCAAAUGCAGUCAUUUUUAAAUAAUUUGUUCAGGUUCUCUGUCCUGUUUGUCUAAGUACUAAAGAAGACAAGCAAAUUAAAUCUGUUUUUGGCAUUUAACCUUGGUGUAUAAACUUAAUGUCUCAAUGCCAACUUGAUACAGACCUGCCAAAAAGCUACUCAUAUUCAGGGUGUAGUACUGUUAUUACUGCAAAGUAUUUUUAAACUAUUAUUUAUAUAGCUGACAUCACAAAUAAAAGUUACAGCAAAUAUAUAAGUUCCAAGCAUCAUUACUCAGUUAUGAAUUUUUGGAAUUCUCUACCCCAAAAAUCAGUGGAUAUUCAGCCAUGGCGUAUAUUUAAGACUGAAAACAAUAAAUUUGUGGGCAUCAAAUGAAGCAUGGAGUGGGAUCAUGUGAGCAAGUUGAUUUAAAGUAGCUAUGACCUUAAUAGCGAAGCCAUUCUCAAAGCAAUUUGUUGUCUUCCAACACCAGUUCCUUAUUUGUCAACAAUCAUCAAUAAUUUUCAACAUAGUCUAUGGAAAUGAGAAAAAAGCAAAUGCUGCCUGUGAAUAAUUUUAUUGAACAUACACCACACAACGUGUCUCUUAAACCAGGUACAUUAUUAGAAUACUUCUCAAAAUUUGCCUUUAUCUUAGGCAGGUAGUGACUGUAACAAUUAAAUCACUAAAUAAUUGGUGGUUUUUAUGACACAAAAGGCAUGUUAAAAGCUGUUCCAGCUAUUUUCUGAUUUUUAACACUAGGGUUUUAUCUAGUGAUUUAUCGCUAUUGUUGAUAUGUGACUUCUAAUGUUUGAGAAUGCAUUAAAGCAUUUUAAAUGAUAUUUAAGGUUGUGUCGGUAGUUUUUAACCUAAGAACCAGCAAGAGAUUUGUUGGAUUUAGCCUUACUUUACUGUUAACAUUAAAUUUAUAUAACCACUUUUUAAUGCUUUUUUAAAAAUUGGAGACUUAAGAAUUUUACAAUCUUGCAUUACAUUUCAGUAAUAUUGUUUCUGACCAUCACUUUUACAUGAUAUUUACAAAUGCAUUUAAACAAUUGUAAAAGUUUACAUUAUAGUAAACAUUGCUUUCCAUGCAUCUAAGACUCAAGACUCAAAAUGGACAAGAUGCUUGCUUAUAAUAUGAAUAUGCACGUGCACUUGCUCAUGUUGUGGUGUGAAAAUAACCUCCUGCCCAGAAUUCCUUCCAUUAUAGUCAUAAUCCAGCCACGCUACUUUGACCACCAAUAUUCUCUGCAUUUUCACAAAUGUCAUCUCAUGCUCUGUAAAAAUUUUGUCCAUGUUAGACAGAAAAGAGAAUAAUUAAAAUCGUUGUUAUAGCAAUGAAUUUGAGUGAGUUUGUUUCAGUGCAAAGUUCAAAGAUCUUUUGAUGAUCUAGUGGUUGUAGAGAAAGGAGAAACAAAGGUAGUUAAAGGAAACUACUGAUUAUGAAAUAACAAAAGGUGCUCCCAAAAUGACCAGCUCAGCAGGACCAAGUAAAAAUUGAAUUUUGUUUCUCUGUCCUCCGAUGUUAUUUUGCUAUUAUGACUGUGCAUUUCUCUCCAAUAUUUGUUUUCUUUGCAAACUUCCUCACCAGUGAAAGGGUUACAAUGUCUCAGGCAACAAUUCAUGCCCAUUCUCAAAUGUAUUAUUUUUCGUGUUGAAUUUUUUAAACUGCAAUCAAACUCCACAGUCACUUCACUGUUGCUAAUGAAUUUAAAUAAUAAAUUGAUUUUGAGCCAAAUUUGAUCACAGUAUCAAACAUUUGCAUUGCUGAUUUAGGAAAGGAAAGAUUUCUCUGAGAUUAAAUGGCAGCAAACUGUUGGGCUUGAUACACUCAUCUGAAAUUUCAAUGGUGGAUUUAAUUCAUUUACUGAGAAAAGGUUAAUUAGUAGAGGAAGUAAUAGGUUUUCCUAUACUGAGUAUCAUAUAUUCUGUGUAGUAUAUUUUAGAAUUUUAUUGUUUUACAACUUUUCUUCUUUGUUAUACAUCACAUCAUACUAUGAAAUACAUAAAAAGUGAUGUGACUACACAGC